CCAUAGUUUGCUUUGUAUGUUUCUAUGUUUUGUUUGUUCAGGGUGUGAUCUGAGUGGGCAUUCUAUGUUGGAUGUCUAGUUUGUCUGUUUCUGUGUUUGGCCUGAUAUGGUUCUCAAUCAGAGGCAGGUGUUAGUCGUUGUCUCUGAUUGGGAACCAUAUUUAGGUAGCCUGUUUUGUCAUUGUUGGUGAUUGUCUAUGUUAGUUGCUUGUGCCAGCACAGUUCUUAUAGCUUCACGGUCAGUUUUCGUUUAUUGUUUUGUAUUCAGUGCUUUCUUUAAUUAAAAUAUCGUCAUGAACACGUACCGCGCAGCGUUUUGGUCCGAUCCCUGCUACUACACCUCCUCUUUAGACGAAGAGGAGGAAAUCUGCCGUGAUCGUGUUAAGCUCUAAACUACUUACCCAAGAAGACUCACAGCUGUAAUCAAGGUCAAAGGUGUUUCCAAGGGGGGUGGUGAUGACGCUCAGCCUGAUCUAGAAGCAUGGGGCUGAGGCUAGUUGACAAGCAAGGGCAGCAGAGCCAGAAGAUGGUGAUCUUCGGAGCCAUCUUCCUCCUUAUGACCCUCCUCAUCCUCUAUAGCUCCAACAGUGGCAAUGACAUCAGCCCCUUAUACAGUCCCUUCAGGGCGUCCACGCCUCAUCACGCCAUCAAGGUCACCAACCUCAAGAAAUGGGCAGGGAAGGAGGGCUAUGUUGCUGUCUAUGGAAACAAGAAUAUGACCCUACACUGCCACCACUGUGCUCUGGUGACCAGCUCCAGCCAUGUACUGGGCAGCGGGGCCGGACCGGAAAUCGACCACACCCAGUGCGUGAUCCGCAUGAACGACGCCCCCACCACAGGGUUCGAGCGUGACGUGGGCAACCGGACAACUCUCCGAGUGGUGGCCCACUCCAGCGUGUUCAGGGUGGUCAGGCGGCCCACCGAGUUUCUCAACCACACGGACCAUAACUCUGCGGUCAUAUUCUGGGGACCGCCCACCAAGAUUGGGAGAGAGGCUAAAGGAACGCUGUACCGUCUGAUCCAGAGAGUGAGCAUGACCUACAGUAACCUGUCCAGCUUCACAAUCACGCCCAGCAAGAUGCAUAAGUUUGAUACACUCUUUCAGAAAGAGACUGGGCGAGACAGAGCGAAGUCUCAGUCCUGGUUGAGCACUGGCUGGUUCACCAUGGUGAUCGCCAUAGAGAUGUGUGACAAUAUUAAAGUGUACGGGAUGGUUCCACCCAGUCACUGUGGAAGCAUGACGAAGACUUUUGGGUCGAAACGUUGCACUGUAAAACAGCGAGGGGAGCAUUCCACAGUGUGCGGAAAAAAGCCCCAGCCCAAGAAGAUGCCCUACCACUACUACAAGCCCAGGGGCCCAGAAGAAUGUGUCACCUACCUGCAGAACGAGAAGGGCCGAAAGGGGCCCCACCAUCGGUUCAUCACGGAGAAACAGGUGUUCGCACACUGGGCCAAGCAGUAUAAUAUCAGCUUCACUCACCCCACAUGGUGAGAUGACUGGUUCCUCUCACAAGGUAUGCCCCCUUCUCUGAAUGGUAGUCAUUUUUCUUGGGAAUUACUGUAGCCCUGUGAUGACUUGAAGGAAAUACAUGAAGUAUUUAUUUCACAUAUGAAGCUGUGGGCUUGGUUUGUAACAAAUAAUAUAAAUUAGAAAUGUGUUUUAUUUUACAAAGCUAGCUACAAAAGUGUACACUAAGUUUUACAGGAGUUAAUACUGUUUUUCUGUGUACAGUAGAAAAUGAAAUUCCACACUCCACACAGAAAAACAACUCCUGGAAACCGUAGAUUUGUAUGCUUUUUUUUUAUAGCUAGUUUGGUCAAAUAAAAAUCACAUUUCUAAAUAUAGGGCAACUGAUGUUUAAUGUAAAUAUAAACAAACAAACAAUAUUUUUACAUGUUUCUAAUGUUUGUUUUAAAAAAGUCCUCAAAAGCAAAUGUUAUAAUAUCAACUUUCUCACACUGAGGGGAGAUUGUAUUAUCCUAGACGUUAAAGGAAUUCAUUUCAGAGACAUAUGCUUAUAGACAGUAUGGCUCAAAUUAAGUGACAUGUUUUUGUUGCAUUACGUUAUCCAACCAAACCAUGUGUGUGGCUUUCACUUAACACAGUAAAAAUACCAACAUCAGAACAUGUUAAGCUUACAUUUAUAGCACUGUAGGUUGGCUCGUGCCAACCCAAUGGAAUCAUAACAUUCCUGUUGAAUGUAGGGGUGUGUGUGUGUGUGUGAGAUUAAGGCAUUCACACAACUGUGCUGUACUUGUUGCAGAGUUUAUUUUAUCCUGUCAAACCAUGACACAAACAAACAUUGUCUCGUCAUCUUUGACCCUUUACCUCUGUGACAUCCUGAGGCAUGCAGCUGUUGGAGUCUGAACGAUCCUAAAGAAUGUAUUGCGUUAUUUAUUGUUAGCAUUGUGCUGAUUGACUUGUUAUUCUUCAUGAAUGUUCUGUAAUGUGUGUCUUGAGAACAAAUAACAUUUGAAAAAAAGAUGCAUGUACAUGAUGUUUUAAAUACGCAUGGAAUCCUAUACACAGGGGAUAGGAGAAACAGGACGAAAUGGAAUCCUAUACACAGGGAUAGUAGAAACAGGGGACAAAAAGGAAUCCUAUACACAGGGGAUAGUAGAAACACAGGACCAAAUGGAAUCCUAUACACAGGGGAUAGUAGAAACACAGGACCAAAUGGAAUCCUAUACACAGGGAUAGUAGAAACACAGGACCAAAUGGAAUCCUAUACACAGGGGAUAGGAGAAACAGGACGAAAUGGAAUCCUAUACACAGGGGAUAGUAGAAACACAGGACAAAAUGGAAUCCUAUACACAGGGGAUAGUAGAAACACAGGACAAAAUGGAAUCCUAUACACAGGGGAUAG